CCAAUUCACCUACCCGGUCCCUAUGGCCCCCCUUCUAUUCCCGCAGUUCCUCAAAAUGUUGCUCACUGUCUUCUCAACCACCACACUUCCCGCGACCUGUUUAUCACUCCAAUCCAGAUAUCGAUCGAAGAUCAGGUAUGGCUGUCAGCCGCUGUCAUUGCUGCCUUUUCUCAAUGUAUCUAGGAGUGGACCGAGUGGUAAUAGUACACGAUGCAAAUGACUAUAGCUCAUCAGUAGCUCAAAAUUGUGAGCCCACGCAGGCUUGGUCCGGUAUCCAAUUUAAAAACUUUUACGUGGCCUUAUACAAAAACUACAUAUUUGACUGGUUUUCAAACAGCCAGGUUUUACAAAAAUCAAGUUCAAAAUCAAAGAUUGCAGUGAAACAGGUAGUGAAACAGGUAGUGCCGGGAACACGGAUUAUAAUAAUCAAACAAUUAAACCAAUUUGCUAUAUUUCAUUUGAUUAGACAGGCAUCAUGAACUUUUCUUAUAAAAUUGCUGAAACGGAUGUCUCGAUUAAAAUGUAAAAAAUAAAAAGCACUGAUUUCAAAUUUCAAACGCCUUCUAACCUUCGCAAAGACCACAACACUAAGCACUUGGUUAAAACGAGAAAAUGUUUUCUAUCUUCGUAUUGGGGACGUUGUCCAUUCUUGGCCUUAGUAAAGCAUCUUGGCCAGAUGGUAGGUAUUGCCUUCCAAUGCCUUCAAACCGAGUAUGUCCAUCGGGUUGGUCGAAAGGCUACAGGAGACACGACGUUGAAGAUGACGACCAAAAAACGUAUUGCGAUGCAAGACGCCAUGGCUGGGUCCCGUACAAUUCGAAUUAUUGCCAUAAUCUCAGAUGGGGAUUUUGCUGCAAAACUCGGUCAAAUUACCCUCCCACCAGGAAGACAUGGCCCAAAGGAGCGUAUUGCAUUUUCAGAUAUGGUGGCCGUUGUCCUAGAGGAUUUGCUACAGGAUAUCAUUACUGGGAUGAUGAAGAUGAUAAUAAUGUAAACAGUCGUAGCGGAGUCCUUCCAGAUGGAUGGUAUGGUCGCGACACUAAAAUUUACUUCUGCUGUCGUAAUGAUCCCGUAAAGCAAUCUUUUAAUCGAAUCAACCGUCUGUAUGGUCUUCCCAAAUGUUCCGAAAUGAUACUAAUGCGAUACAAAGAAAAGUGUCAUCCUCCUCAAUCUGGUUAUCUUGGACCUCAUACUGGAUACUUGCAGUGGGACACUGAAGACAAUAGAAACAGAGACGAACAUUUUGGCGUGUUUCCUGACACCACAAAGAGUAGCGGCAGAACCUUUGGUAGCGGAAUAGUUAUCCAAUUUUGUUCCUACACAUCGUACUAUCAUUGCUGAGUGAUUUGCAGUUCAGCUAACUUUUGAUUCUCUACUAUUUGAUUACAAUAGCUUAGUUUAUACGAAACACGAAUAUACUCUUGCUGUACAAAGGAGUUUUCUGAUUGUACAUGUAUUGCAAAGUUGAUUAAAAAAUAUACCGGACAUAAAAUGUU